UUUAUAUUUUAUACUAAAACAGUGAUAUAUACUUGAGUUUGUUACAUUUAAUUAGCUUUAAUUAUUAUUUAGUGUUUAAGCAAGUACCUAAAAAGGCGUAACCAAAUUUUGUGAGUUCGUAAUGAAAAAAAAUAAAUAUAAUUUUAUUAUAGCAUCUAUAACAGCAGUUUUAGUGAUGAUAAUUUUGAUAUUAUUCCUAUUGUACUAUUUUCGAAGAUAAUGUGUUAAUUUUCAUGUUUUGUUUAUCUUGAAUUUUAUAUCUAAAGUAAUCAAGUGUUUAACUAUCAGCGAUGAUAUUGUAUGUACUCGUAGCUUUCAAGAGGCUGUAGAAAGAUUAUCUAAAGUAGUUCAGAAGAUCUUGUACCUGGACCGAAAGUUGUGAUCGACCACGAUGGAGGAGCUGACGACGCUAUGGCAAUAUUCAUGGCUCUACAAUACCAGAAAUAUUUUAAUGGAAAUCAAGUCAUCGCAUUAACAACAACUCACGGCAAUGUAAAUGAACCGCAAGUUUUCAACAAUACGCAGAAAAUUUUAAAUAUCGCCGACAGGAGAGAUGUACUUAUUUACAGAGGUAGUGAAUAUCCUCUUGUGAAAGGAGUAGAAUCUGAUUAUUAUUUUGGUAUGGACGGACUUGGGGACAGUGAAUCUGAAUUUCUGGAAUAUGAACCUAUUGCAGCACAAUCAAAUUCAGCCGCUUUGGCGUUAAUAGAAAUGUCUAAAAAAUAUGAAGGGGAACUGAUCGUUGUUGCAUUGGGACCGUUGACAAAUAUUGCAAUAGCAGUACGACUGGAUCCAAGAUUUAUAAGUCGACUUCUAAAAUUAUAUGUAGCUGGUGGUCAUAUUUACAGCGAGAUAUAUAACGCACCGGAAUUCAAUGCAGAAAUGGAUGUGGAGGCAUAUUCCAUAUUACUACAGAACAGUAAACCAGAUAUCGUAACUUUGAUUCCCUACUCACAAGUAUACUCAUCACAUAAUAUUAGUAGAGAAUGGCGGGUCUCAAUCUUAGGCUCAAUACCAAGUGAAUUGAUAAGAGCCUUGAACGUCUUUGAACAAAAAUCUAUAGUUCAAAGCGAGGACUGGACUCUACUAGACCCAGUUGCUAUGGGAAUAGUGCUUAAUGGAACUCAAAUUGUAGAAGACUGGAGAUAUACCCACAAUACUAUUACUUUGUGUGAAAGAAGAGGUACGAAUACAAAUAAUUUCACAUCAACCGAAUAUUUCAACUCUAAAAUUAUUUACAAGGUGAAAGAAGAACCGUACAAGAAAUUGCUUAUUGACAUAUUUUCUGCAGAUUUAAAAUAAUUUUGUAAUUGUUAAUUUAUAGAUACUAUUUUCUCAUUUAUUACAUAGAUUUUAGAUAUAAGAUG